AUGAGCAAUUCUCAAAUACGAUGGUCCCACAGAACUUCAACUGGAAGAUCAACCACUUUCCAGAUAUGUGUCGAGUACCUCAAGGUCUUCACACGGUCUUUGCGGUUACACAUCAUCUGGCAGUUGACUCCCAAAAGCUUCAAGGCGGAACAGCCGAAAGUGGCUGUCUACCACGACCAUAAAGCAUCGAUCCUUCGAUCUGCUGUCCAUUUGAUUCCGCUGGGCGGCGCCCUGGCCCUGCACGGGCAUCCAAUUUGCCGCCAAGAUCUUGGAGAUUUGAUGCAAGGCUCCCUCGCAACCACCUUUCUCGGGGUGAUUCGACACGAGCUGCUGAGCUCCAGAAGCCUGCCCCUGGGAAGCUUCUUUCGCCCUUUGCAAGCAACCGGUAUCUCGUUCCUUUGGUCAAUUGAUCUCUGGGGAACUCUGACCGGCAAAUGGCUCGGAAAGCGUCGGAAAAUUGUCCUCUUUCUGGUCACAUAUGUCAUGGUCAUCCUUGCCGCCGUCGUAGGACCUUCCGGAGCCGUCUUGAUGAUCCCUCGCUUGAUCACCACGACGGACGCCAAAUACCUGGUGUUCUUCGACAACGCAACCGCCUUGCUCCCUCAGCGAAUAGGUCUCUCCAAUACACUGCACGGAGCUUAG